AUGUCCUCCAAUACUGAAGAAAAGAAUGUUCGAAAUACACAUGAAGAUCGAAUGGGUACAAAUGUUUAUUCAGCUGAUGAUAAUAAAAGUAUGCAUAAAUCAUUAAAUGGUGAAUUUAUUCUCUACCAAAUAUUACUUGAACGAAUUUUAAGUGGACAACAACAAUUAAAAUCAAAUGAACAAUCUCUUUUAAAAUAUUUUCAACCAGAUGAAAAAUCCGAUAAAGAAAUAAUGACAGAAUUUGAUCAGACAUAUCACCCAACAAAAGCUAUUUAUUGGUACACAAGAGAAUCUUGUAUUUAUAAAAUUUUAAAUAAAGCUUUAAGAACACAAAAUACAGAAGAAAUUGUUCCUUUUGGACCAUUUAUUAAAGAUUUAAACAUGCAAUUAUCUCAAGAACAUAAAGAAUUUACUAAACAACAACAAUCACCAACAAUUCAAGUUUAUCGUGGACAAUUUAUUAGUAAAGAUGAAAUGAAUCGUCUCAAAUCUGGGCAAGGACAAUUAAUUUCAACUAAUUCAUUUUUAUCAACAAGUACAAAUCGAAAUAAAGCAUUAGAAUUUGCUUUAAGUAAACCACCACCAAAUGAUGAAUUAACAACAGUUUUAUUAGAAAUUGAUGUUGAUUUAAGAGCUCUUUCAAAACCUUAUGCCGAUAUAAAAAAUUUAAGUGCUUUUAAAGAAGAAGAAGAAAUUCUUUUUAUGAUUGCUUGUGUUUUUCGAAUUGAUAAAGUUAAUUAUGAUGAAGAAACAAAGCUUUGGAUGGCUAAAUUUAUUUUAUGUUCAGAAAAUGAUUCCGAUAUGAAAAAAUUUACAGAAAAUAUAACAAAAGAAUUAAAAGGACAAAAUCAUCUUAUUUCUAUUGGCAAUUCUCUUGUUGAUAUGCAAAAAUUUGAUGAUGCUCAAAAACAUUUCGAAAAUAUUUUAAAAAAUCAACAGAUCAAUGAUCCAAUUGAUUAUGCGUAUGCUCAUCAUGGACUUGCUAAAGUUUAUGAAAAAAAAGGAAAUCAUCAAUUAGCUGUAGAAAAUUUCGAUAUUGCUUUGAAUUAUUUAUCGAAGAGUUCAGCAGCAAAUGAUCAUCCACUUUUUUCUCAGUGUUAUAAUCAACUAGGAUUAAUCUAUUCUUCACAUUUAAAGAAUUCGGAUAAAGCAUUUGAAUCUUUCGAAAAAGCUUUAAAUACAAGUAAUGAAAGUUUAGCAAUAACUUAUUCUGGUUUAGCAAAUGCUCAUUUUUUAAAGAAAAAUUAUCAAAUUUCAUUGGAAUAUUUACAGAAAGCUCUGGAUAAUUCAUCGAAUUUAUCAGAAGCAUUACAAGCAGGAACAUUUAUUGAAAUGGGAAAAGUUUAUACAGCAAUGAAUAAACAAGAAAAAGCAUCAGAAAUGUUUGAUAAAGCAAAUCAAUUACAAGCCAAAGAUCUUUCUCCAACUCAUCCAGAUAUUGGCUAUACUUACACGGCACUUGGUUUAAUGCAUUCAGAUCAUGGAAAUCAACAUAAAGCAUUAGAAUUUAUUGAAAAAGCUCAUCAAUUACAAUUAGAAACAUUACCAAGUAAUCAUCCUGAUUUAGCAGAAACUUAUCAAAAUUUUGGAGAUUUAUAUUUAAAACAAGCUAGUUUAGACAAAGCUUUACAUUUUUAUAAAAAAAAAUUAGAAAUUCAAUUGAAAACAUUAUCAUUAAGUAACCCAUCAGUGGUUGAAACUUAUGAUAUUAUUGGAAAUGUUUAUUUAAAGAAAAAGGAUUUUAAACAAGCAUCAAUUUAUUUUCAUAAAUCUCUUGAUGGUCAACUAGAAACAAAGAAAGUUGGUGAUCUAUCAUUAAGUAAAGGAUUUGAAACUCUUGCCGAUAUUCAUUUAGAUCAACAUAAUGAGAUAAUAGAUGAGAAAAUUUUAGAUAAGGCAUUAGAUUAUUAUCUUCAAUCUCUUCAAAAUCAAUUAGAAACAAAAUUCUUGGAAGAUUACUCAUUAAUUGAUCUUUAUAAAAUAAUUGCCAAGAUUUAUUAUAAAAAACGUUAUUUAGAUCAGUCAUUACUUUAUUAUAAUCGUUUACUUGAUUGUUAUUUAAGAAAAUCUCCAUUAAAUCAAAUUAAUAUUGAUAAUACAUAUAAAUUAAUUGAGAAAGUUUAUCUGAAAAAACAUCAUUUCAAUCAGUCAUUGUCAUAUUUUAAUAAUCAUAGACGAAAUCUUUCUGAAAAUCAAUUCGAACAUAUCGAUAAUAUUCAUUUUGAAAAACGUCAUUUAGAUCAUUCAUCAAAUUAUUUUCAAGAUAUUGUCAAUAAACAAUUAUUAAAAUAUCCAGAAAAAUCAGCAAAUUUAAAUAAUAUUUAUUAUAUUUUAGCAAAUAUUUAUUAUGAAAAACAAUAUUUUCAUCAUUCAUUAAAAUAUUUUCUUCAAUUAUUAAAGAAUCAAUCGGAAGAUUUCUCAUUAGGAAAUCUUUAUAAAGCAAUUGCAACGAUUUAUUUUCAAAUCGAAAAUUGGGAAGAAUCAUUAAUUUAUUUCUAUAAAUUAAUUCAAUAUCAAUUACAAUCUCAAACUACAGAACGUUCAGCAAUAGAUGAUACUUAUGAAUUGAUUGGAAAAGUUUAUUUGAAAUUUGAUUAUUCUCUUAAUGAAUUAUCAAAGAAAAAAGAAAAUUUAUCAAGACGAGAUUCUCAAAUUGAUAACUAUUAUUUAGAUCAAAGUUUAGCUUAUUUUCAAAAUUUACUUAAUACACGAAACAAAAUUUAUUCAUUCGCUGAAAUUCAUCGAAUUAUUGCAAAUAUUUAUUUAAAAAAACAAAAUUUUAAUCAAGCAUUAUUCCAUUGUCAAACAUCACUUGACAAUCAACUCAAACAUAAGCCGAAAGGAAAUGUAUCAAUAGCUCAAUUAUAUUUUAUUAUGGGUGAUAUACAUCGUCGACAAGGUUCUUCUAAUUAUGCAUUGAAAGCUUACAAAAAAGCAUUACAUAUAUGUCAACGUGUAGAUUCACAUAACCAUGGUUUCAUUGACAACAUUCAAAAUCGAAUACGUCUUGUAUUAACUCCUGCUAUAUAA